UGUCAGGAAUGUAUUAUGGAAUUUGCAUUGGGAAAGAAUGAUAAAAAUGGACUCACAACACCUAUUCGGAUUUGUAAUGGACUUUUAGCCCCUGAAUCAUGUUCUAUGGUGGCUCAGGUUCCAAAUGCUGCAUGUGUUUGGUUUGACAGAUCUGUUAUGUUAUCAAGUAAUGAGCCUUACACCAAGCUAUUAUUACUUAUAAAUGAAAUGAAAGGAGAGUUACCUGCAAUUUCAAAGGGAAGCAAAGAAGCCAAAGAACGAUUUGUGUAUAAGUUAUAUUCAACAACAGAAUGCAUACGAUCUAUGAAAACUACAACCACAUCAAGAUAUCAAACUACGGAGCCCUACACUCAUCAGAUGCAUGAGGACGUUACAGAACUUUCAUCUUUUUACAAGCAAGAAAACUUAGAUCACCAGUUUUUACAGGACAUGGAGCUCUUACUAGAUACUUACAGAACUUCAGGGUACAGUGAUUACUUUUUAAGGAGUCUACAAGCUUCUGUAUCACUUGUAUCACAAAGACYGAAUGAAAGUCCAAAGCAACACGUCUCUCACACAAAUGGAUUUUCAUUUAUUGAUUUAAAUCAAACAACAAGCUGUAUGCCACAGUAUUCCUAACAUAGGUUUAUAAAUGCACUUCA